AUGGCUGCUACUCUCUCUUACCGUGUCUACAAGAAUGCUCUGCUUCUCUCUGCCUUCCUGACUUCGGUCCAGGCACAGCAAGUUGGUACCUAUCAGACAGAGACCCAUCCGUCUUUGACCUGGUCUAAGUGCACCAGCGGUGGCAGCUGUACCUCCACGACUGGCAGCGUGGUCAUUGAUGCCAACUGGCGCUGGGUUCACGAAACGAAUGGAUACACCAAUUGCUACACCGGCAACGAGUGGGACACUUCGAUCUGCACUGAUGAUGUGAGCUGUGCCUCUGCCUGUGCCGUUGACGGAGCCUCGUAUGCCAGUACCUACGGUGUCACCACCAGCGGUGACGAGCUGCGCCUGAAUUUUGUUACGACAGCGUCGCAAAAGAAUAUCGGCUCUCGUCUGUAUCUACUCGAGGAUGAAAGUACCUACCAAAUCUUCGACCUGUUGAACCAAGAGUUCACUUUCGACGUCGAUGUGUCCAAUCUCCCCUGCGGUCUGAACGGCGCACUGUACUUUGUCUCGAUGGAUGCCGACGGUGGCAUGUCGCGCUUCCCAACGAACAGAGCGGGUGCCAAAUACGGAACCGGUUACUGUGACUCGCAGUGCCCGCGCGAUCUCAAGUUCAUUGAUGGUCAGGCCAAUGUGGACGGCUGGGAACCGUCCGACAAUGAUGUCAAUGCUGGCACAGGCAAUCACGGUUCCUGCUGUGCUGAAAUGGAUAUCUGGGAGGCCAACUCCAUCUCGAAUGCUGUCACGCCUCAUCCCUGCGAUACCCCUACCCAGACUAUGUGUGAAGGCGAUGCCUGUGGCGGUACAUACAGCUCUGAUCGCUAUGCUGGCACUUGCGAUCCGGAUGGUUGUGAUUUCAACCCGUACCGUAUGGGCAACACUUCCUUCUAUGGACCUGGCAAGACGGUCGACACAUCGUCUCCCUUCACGGUGGUGACCCAGUUCAUCACCGACGACGGAACUUCUUCCGGCACACUCAGUGAGAUUAAGCGCUUCUAUGUCCAAGAUGGCGAGGUGAUCUCCCAGUCUGCAUCAACCGUGAGCGGUGUUAGCGGCAACUCGAUCACCACCGACUUCUGCUCGGCUCAGAAGAAGGCCUUUGGUGACAAAGAUAGCUUUAGCGCCCAUGGCGGUCUCGAGGGCAUGGGUGCGGCCUUAGCCGAGGGAAUGGUGCUGGUGAUGAGCCUGUGGGAUGACCACGCUGCCAACAUGCUCUGGCUCGACAGCAUCUACCCAACCACCGCCACUUCCAGUACGCCCGGCGCCGCCCGAGGUACCUGUGAUAUCUCCUCCGGCGACCCCGCCACCGUCGAAUCGGAGAACGCCAACGCUUAUGUUAUCUACUCGAACAUCAAGGUCGGUCCGCUCGGCUCGACCUACAAGUCCGAUUCCAGUUCUGGCGGAUCGGGCUCGACGACGACUACGAGCAAAAGCAGCACCACUACCACUACUACCAAGACUACCACUACGACCGGCUCGAGCACUACUGGGGCAGCUCACUAUGCCCAGUGUGGUGGUAGUGGCUGGACUGGCGCGACCACUUGUGCCAGCCCUUACACCUGCACCAAGCAGAACGAUUAUUAUUCCCAGUGUCUGUAG